GUCUGUCUGCCGGACAAAAGGCGAAUCUGUCUGACGGCGGAUUGAAACCCAAUUAGAAGCAGGGGGGAGACAUUUUGGGAAAACUGUGACAGUCCCCGAGUCUCUGCGCUCCGAGGCGGCAGAUAUAUGAUCAAACUAACAUCUGUGGAGGCUCUCGGACUGGAAUAAGGAUGUUCCAGCAGAGUGAGGAGCCUCGCUUCACCAUCGAACAGAUUGAUCUCCUCCAGAGGCUCCGGCGGACCGGCAUUACUCAGGUGGAGGUUCUCCACGCUCUGGACACUCUCGAUCACCUGGACCGACAGAAUGGCCACAAGCAGGCCCGCAAAGCUUCCUACCUGCCGCCCUCGUCUUCCUUGUCUUCCUCCAACUCCGUCUCUGCCUCUUCGUCCACCACUUCCGCCUCCACUCAGACGGUUUUUCCGGACAACCGACUCUCCCUGUCACCUGGCAACAACUUGGACACCGCCUCCCCGCCUCUGCCGGUCCCGACAGCCUCACCGGUUGUUGUCCAGAAUGGACUUGGUGCCGUCGCCAACGGGAAGCUUUCUCCGCCACGGUUUCCUCUGGCAGUGGUCGGAGGCAGCGUGACUGCACCGGGCUUUGGGUUUGAGGCCAGUGAGGAAGACUUGGACCUGGAUGAUAAAGUGGAGUUUUUGAUGCGGAGGGACAGCAGCGUGAUCAAAGAGGAGAUCAAGUCCUUCCUGGCGAACAGACGGAUCUCCCAGGCCGUGGUUGCUCAGGUAACAGGGAUCAGUCAGAGCCGGAUCUCCCACUGGCUCCUGCAGCAGGGGUCGGACCUCAGCGAGCAGAAGAAACGGGCCUUCUUUCGCUGGUACCAGCUGGAGAAGACGAACCCCGGGGCCACUCUGGCCAUGCGGGCGGCCCCGCUGGCUCUGGAGGAUAUGAUGGACUGGCACCAGACCCCGCCCCCGUUCGCCUCGGCCCCCGGGGGCUUCCGGCUGAGACGGGGCAGCAGAUUCACCUGGAGGAAGGAGUGUCUGGCUGUCAUGGAGAGCUACUUCAGUGAUAACCAGUAUCCCGAUGAAGCCAAGAGGGAGGAGAUUGCCACUGCCUGCAAUGCUGUCAUUCAAAAACCAGGAAAGAAGCUGUCUGAUUUGGAGAGAGUUACGUCUCUCAAGGUCUACAACUGGUUCGCCAAUCGGCGUAAAGACAUCAAGAGGCGUGCCAACAUAGAAGCAGCCAUCUUAGAGAGCCAUGGCAUUGAGGUCGAAAGUCCAGGAGGCCAGUCCAACGGCGACGAGGUGGACGGCAACGACUUCCCUGACCAGGGUUGCGACGUGUCCCUGUUUGACAAGAGAGCUUCAGCCAGGCAGUUUGCCUUCAGUCGAGCUGAUCUGUCCUCUCCCACCCAGGUUCCGCCGCAGCUGCCCAGCUGGUUUUCCGCCCUGGCCAGGGGAGGCCAGCGGGGCGCCUCGCUGAUCGGCCGCUCCCUCCUGUCGGGGGCGGGCUCUCAGGCAGAAGGAUCCAGAAUGACGGGCGCGUCCUGGUCCCCCCCGUCCCCAUCCCUUCAGGAUGACCCCAGCCUCCACGUCGUGCUCUCCGAACCGCAGAACCCGGCGACGUCGGAGAAGACGGCGGCCGGUCGCGGCAGCCCGGCCUCGGCCAAUCAGGCGGACGCGGGGAAUCAGAUCAAGACGGAAAGCGUGGAUGACGACUGACGGAGGGGGAAACCGUCAGACGCUGGAGCUGUCAGAACAGGUGUCCAUUAUAUGCAAGCAGAUUUUAUAGGAAUGUUAUAAGUGAACAAAAAGACCAAACGUUGUGUAAAACUCCAACCCUGAGAUACCUCCCAACCCUACCUCCAACCACCAACCUACUCUGCUACACUCGUAUAGCUGUUAAUAGUGUAAUAUGAUGAUAACGACGAACCUUUAUACGUUAGCCGUAUCUGGCGAUCCGUGGGAGAUUCAAACCUGCAUCUCAAAUCAGAUCCUGCAAAGAAAAGUCGGCUUCUCGGAAAACCUCCAUCUCCGACACUCCCAGGGAAACGGCCCGAAUGGUCCCGAGCGAUUUCUUUGCUGGGUUGUUUUCGAUUGGAGAUAGAUUGAUUUAAAUCUUCCCCGGAUGGCCGUCCAGCGGGACAUGAAGCCUCGUGUGCGGGCUUCCGUAGAAGACCGCAUCCUUCGCAGCAGGGCUACGCUGUAUUUGGCUUGGGAAUCAAAUGCUUUCAGGGGUCUUGCACUGUGAUUUCAACUGAACAGCCUCAGUGUAUAGGAAUAUAAAAAUGAGCUUCAUGUUUUUCUUUUUCUUUUUUUUCUUAUUUUUACUGAAUCUUUUAUGGUGAUCGUCGUCGCAUUUUCACGCCAGAUUUCUGGCAGAUGAAUCCGUGUAGGCACAGAACAGGCUUGAGGUCGCAGCAGUUUUUAUGAUAAUGAAAAGUAAUUAUCUUCAGAGAGGCAGAAGCAGAAUAAUCCCCUCAACCCCGCAGAGUAAACUUAAUAUAUAAUGGCUAAAAUGGCUAUAAAAUAUAGACACAUUUAAAGGGCAUCUUGGUUUGCUAUGUCUUUGCAAUAUAUUCACAACCCUUGAAGCUUUUCAUGUUUUGUCAGAUUACAACCACUAUAUUUAAUGCUUUUUUAUUGGGGUUUUAAUGCACCGAUUUAAAAAUUUGGGCCAAUAUUGAUGUCUGAUAUUAAUAAUGCUGCUAUGGCUGAUAAACAAUAUUAGCCAAUAUUUAUGUCAGGGUUUCCCCCAGAAAACUUGCUGAGCUCGGGGCGCUUAGAAAGUCUUGCUAUCCCACCACGUUUUUGAGGUAAAACAUGUUUAUAGUUGAUAAGAAAUUUGAAAAUAUAAUGCAUGCAAUACCUAAAUACAAACUAUAAGGUCUUUAAAUAAAGGCAAUCAUUAAAAAAUAUAAAUAAAUUAAUUAACAAUGCUACAUCUGGUGGUAUAAGUAAAGCCUGGUGACCCUCCAGGCUUAUGAUACACUGAGGGAAACCCUGUAUUUCAUGACGUCGCUCUGAGUCCAGAGCAUAGAUUGGACUGAAUAGGUCUACCCUUAUGGAUGAGGCACAUGAUCACAGAUAUCCUUAUUUUUUAUUUUUAUUUUUUUUCCCAAUAUCAGAACAGGGUAGUGGCAGUGUCAUGCUCUGGUUUUUGUUUGUUUUUUCUCUCCAGGAACAGGGAAGUCGAUCAGAGUUGCUCAUAACACAAAAAUGUGUUGGUCGUAAAAUACCCCAUAAAUAUUCUGCCAUUUGUCAACCAACACAAUGAAAAGCAAAAAAGAUCAUGGGAUGUGAAUACUUUUGCAAGGCAACGCAUAAAAUGUAACGCUAAAUAUAGUUUGAACAUUUUUUCACUGACUUUAAAGAAAGAAAAAUCGCUUUCAUAUUUUAGAGUCUAACUUCAGAUUCAGUGCUUAAUGAUUUUUUUUAUUUUCUUCAGCCGAUCUGAGAGACUCUUUUUAAUGCACUGCUUCCACAUGCCCAUCAGAAACUAAAUAGGAAUUUAAUCUGCAUUAAAAACAGCUGCUCAGAGUAUUUUAAGGCUAUACAUUUAAGUGAUAUUUAUGAACGUGGUAUUCAGUAGAUAUAUAUAAAAAAAAACACCUCAGUAUUCACUUCUUAGAUUUUAUUGCGACUCAAAGAAAGCCAAAACUACAAACGUUUGUAUAUAAUAUAGCCAUGUAAAGCGACUUCUCAAGUUCGAUCGGUUAUUAUUUAUUCAUUUUGUAUCCGAGAAUGAUUGAUCACUGUGAGAUCUGCCUUCGACGUAGACGAGUCGGUCGGGAUGGACUCAGCCCGUUUUAGAAGCUAGAAACAAAAAGCGAGCUGAAAACGUACACAAACCGUGUAAGUAGGUGUGUGUGCGCACACACACACACACACACCCAUAUGGUAUACUUUAUGUAACAAUAUAUAGACAUAUAAGCAUCUAUCGAGAGGAACUAUCAGCCUGAGUGAGUGUUGUUGGUGAAAGGUGCGUGGAACAUUAGCCAAAGUAUUGAGUUUUAUUAUCGGUGUAUUUUUGACGUGUGUUAUAGUUACGGAUGGCUCUAAACAACCGAGACAUGCUAAUCAAAACGGCACAUCAGAUGUGUCAAAUAAUCAUGUGAAUUACGUCAUCUUCCUACUUUUGUUUAACUUUAAUUUUUCUUUUUUUUUGGUAUAUCUGUGCUUCAUCUGGGUAUGCCAUGUGUUUUAAACACAUACUGCCACAAAUUAGUUGUAUUAUUUUUUCUUUGUUUUGUUAAGACACUUUAUUGAAUACGAUGGUGCUUUGAGUCCCAGCUGUUUGUAACUUUUAGUGAUCACUUUGAGUGAACAAUAGAGCAGCAGCAGUAGGAAGAGAAAAAUAAUGGUUGCUAACCUCCCUCAGUUUCUCUUUCUCUCGGUUUACUCCACUGAUGAAUGCCAUCAAAUUAACGACACUGAGAAGCGCUCUUCAGCUCUUCAAAACGUAUAAAAAAAUAAAGUUUAAUAUAAUAUCUGAACGUACAGCCAUUGUGGAAGUCUGUCGUAUAUUUAGCUUCUUGUCUAACAUCGAAUCCAUUCUUACUGAAUAUGCAGCUUACCAGUUAGUUUAAAACUGCAUUUUUUUAAUGACCACCAGAGGGCAGAUGUGGGGGAAGCCACGCCCAAAACAAGGCACAAACAGUUGUGGGAACAUUUUAUUGUGGUAUCAUUGUAACAAAUGAUGAGGAGUGAGCUCAUUAUGAAAAAGUGCAACAAUACGAAGAACAAAAAGACAUAAUACUGUUAACAGAAUUGCUGUUUCCUUCUGAAAUAGUUAUUCAUUAGAAAUAUUAGACGUCUAGAGCUGUCUGGCCGGGGAAGUUAUGGUCACUGGUUGGUUAACAAUCAAGUCGAGAUGUUUUAGCAAGUUAUUAACCGUUCACAAAACUACGUACAAAACCAGCAGAGAAAAACAACAGUGUUACUGAUUUAGAGUCACUGCUACAUAACUAGAUCCUCAGAUAACUUUAAAAGAGAGAAGUAGUUUGUUUUUUUUUUUAAUAAUUGAGUCUUGUUGCCAAUAAGAACGGAAAUUUCAAGCUCCAGUUGCAAUGAAAACAGUGCUCAUUUUUGCUUUAAUGACCCGGUUGCUACAGGGGACCGUUUUAUGAUUCUUUCCAAACACCCAAACACUGCUAUAGCUUACAGAUGUAUGCUCACUUAGGUUGUUUUUGUGACUGGAGCGCUUUGUGGUGGUUGGUAAACAACUCGGCGCUGUACCUAACAGAGCAAAGUAGUAGUGAAGGGGAAGCCCACCCAGCUGUGCGCCGAUCAUUUGGCAGUCGGCUAAAAAAGGCAUGAAAAGGUCAGAAUACUAAACGUGGGCUAGACUUCUACUUGGCUCCUAUUUUUAUUUUUAUGGGAGCUCCAAAUUGUUCCUGACCUUUUUAAAAAGUCCUACAUCCACCACCACUGGGAUAAAACAUUUGGUUUGGGUUAAAGUGUGAUACAGCUGGCCCGAAUCAUUGUCUCUGCACCAAGGGAUUCAUAAGUGAAAGUAAAAUGGGUUUUACCAAGGGCAACUUGAGCAGGAAAACAGAUGUAAAAUGCGAGGUGGUUAUGCAAUGAGUUAGAAGUUAUAAGAAUAUAGUCCUAGUUUAUAACUGAAGUGGUGACUUACUUUUAAAUAAUGAGCUAAGAACUUUAACGAUUUAAUAAUAAAUUGGGAGGUAAGUCAGUUUGGGUUGGGAAAAAAGUAGCAAAUUUGACUGGAAAUGCACCGAUUAUUCAGCCAGAGAUCGAAUCGGCUGAUCCAAUAGUAAAAAAACCCAAAACUUUUUAUUUCCACCCUAAUCAUCAAUAAAACACGUCAAAAAUAAAAACUCCCAUCAUUAAACACAACCUACUACUUGUACCUUGAUGGACUUUUUGCGUUUAGCUAAAAGUAGACAAAUAUUAGAAGCUAACAAUUUUAAGAAAUAAUGGAUAGUUUUAGAAUGACUUUACUUUGUCUAAUCAAAAUGAUGACCACUGUCAAAGAAUCUUCAAUACAUUUUUAUUAGAUAAAAAUGUUUAAAAAAUCCAAAUAAGUUGAAAUCAGAAUCAGCAGGGUAAAGUGGAAAUCGCUUCAUUUCUAGUUUUAGCAAGUCUUAGUUUUUGUAUUUCAACUAUCAUCUGUUCUGUUUUAUUAUGUUUUUGAGCAAACAGACUUCUAUAAUGGCUGUACAUUCAAAGCAGUUCAUUGUUUUUCAGUGAUGUAAAGGUUAACUUCUUAUUUUAGAGUUAAACAUUGACACGGAUACCUCAGACACUCCCCGUCAGCCAGAAACUACUCCUCAAACGUUACUCUGCUGCUGCUUCCACUUUUUUCAGACUUUUAAAAGAAAAACCAGAUCAGAGAACGGUCUCGCUGUCGGAAAACUGUGAUGAAGUUCUUUAAAAUAAAAAAAAAAGAACGAUAUGUGAUGUUAGGGGAAACUGCUUCUCCAAGUAGGUUCAAUAAAUAUAAACUGAUCGUAAAGGGAAGUUCUACUCCAGUCAAUGAGUUGUUCAAAUCCUUCCUAAUUUGGGAGAUUUUAACACGAAUCUUCAGUGUUUUUGGUGAUGGAUUGUUGGAUUGUUUCCAUUUUUAUGACAGCAGAGCUGUCCAUCUUUGCUAUAAGCAUUAGUGGCAUUAUCAGUUAUGUAGUUCUCUGUCAUAAUUUUUUAUUAUUUACACCAAAAACCUUAUUUUUUUGUUUUGUUUAAAUCUGCUUAGCAGAAACCUUUGUGAAAGGAAGCUAGUCGUUAGUUUAGGAUAAAAUCUGCUGUCAUGAGAUUAUUUGAAUCAUUUCAUUCGCUGCCUAUGUGGCAGACUUACUGGGUCUGGUGUUGCCAUUUUGAAAUUAUUCAAACUAAAGUUGUAAAGGACAUGUACUGUAUCUGUUGUAAACAGGAGGGGACGACAUGAAAGGGAUCUGAGCAAACUGGUUUUAGGUUAUUGGAUCUUUCGUGUUAAAAAAAACAAACGAGUGGAUUGUUCAUUCAGAACACAUUGUGUUGCAGAAAUAGACAAAUUACUGAUUUGUUUGCCAGUAUUUAAAAUAAGCUAACCCCCCCUCCCCCUUCCCCAUCGGUUUCCUAUUUUCAGCCUCAAUCCGUUUUCAUUGUGUUGAUUUAGGUUCUGUGUCCUGAUGACCGUUUUGUGCCAGAACGUGAUGUAAUCACUGAGUUGUUGUGAAAAGAAAACCCACUUCCAGAGGUUUUUGCUCUUCCAGUUCUGUCUGAUCUGUAUUGAUGUUUGUCGAGUCUCCUUUCUUUUUUUUUCCUCAUUUGUACAACUGCAGGUCAACAUCUGCCUUCAAUCAUGUUUGUUUCUGAAUAUUCUUCAGAUGAAAACAGUUUUCUACAUGUACAUCUUUCAUGCGGUUGUCAUUUACUGUGUACUCUCCAGCCUUAAAUCUUCUCAUCCCAUUAGCCAGGGACUGGAAACGCUACACUUCUUCUAGCAGUUUUAGAAAAAAACGAUGGUAAUCUCCAUCGGUCUGGCAAUAAGCUUUUCAACACAUCUCUGUAAAACAAAAAUAUCAAACCUCAACUGGAUGGAUGUUAGAUCAGUUUUUUUUAUUAGUUGUUUUUUUUAAAAAUCCCCUUGUUCAUUUCUAUUUCAAGAUUUAGUGCCUUUUUUGGACGAGUAGACUGUUGUGUAAUUGCUAUGUAGAAAAUCUACAUAUGCCUUUUGUUACUUUUUCAUCUGUUCAAUAAACCUUGAUUUGUUAUUUUUAAGGUGUGUUUUUAUCGAUAUUCUAUUUACAAGGGAAUAAAAGCUGAUCAGACUCGA